AAUAAAACCAACAUUUUCAUCCCUCUCGGUGCUGUGUUUAGCUUCCUUCUUCUUCUUCCUCUUUCUUCUUCUUCUGCUGCACCCACAAAUCAAAACCCCCCUUUUCCAACCCAAUUUUUCUCCAUAAACCCUAGAUUCAACGAACCCGCCGACCAAGCUCGAACCUCACGUCGCAAAAAAACACUUCUUUUCCCCUCUCCGAGGUUGUCGUGUCGGAGCAUAGCCAUGUUGUUCCCUCGAGGAAAUUGAUGAUUUUUCAUAACAUUGGGGUCUCGUUUUGCUUGUGGGGUCACCUUGAAGGAGGGAAAAGUAACGAGCUUUGGGGCUGAAUCGUGGUGGGUCUGUUGAGUAUGCAUAGAUCUGGAGCUACGAUGGCGUGGAACGUGUUCAAGUUCUGCACUGCUCUGCGUGGAUUGGGCUCGAUCAUGAUCCUGUUGGUUCUUGGCGUUGUUGGUGCCACUUACUAUGCUGUUGUUUUGACCAAUUAUGGCCCUGCUUUGUAUGCUGGAGGACUUGAUUCUCUUGUUGCCUUGGCAGUGUUGAUCUUGUUUCAUAGCUUGUUGGUUAUGCUGUUGUGGAGUUACUUUUCUGUUGUUUUUACCGAUCCGGGGAGUGUCCCUCCAAACUGGAAGCCUACAAUUGAUGAGGAAAGGGGAGAGGCUGAUCCGUUGGUUGGGACAGAGUUUAGUAAUCUGCCGUCUGAUCCCAAUCCACGGGUUCGGUACUGUCGGAAGUGCAAUCAGCUCAAGCCGCCUCGAUGCCAUCAUUGUUCAGUUUGUGGGCGCUGUGUUUUGAAGAUGGACCACCAUUGUGUGUGGGUAGUCAACUGUGUCGGGGCUCUAAAUUACAAAUAUUUCCUUCUUUUCUUGUUCUACACUUUUCUUGAGACGACUCUAGUGACUGCAUCCUUGCUGCCUCAUUUCAUAGCAUUCUUUAGUGAUGGAGAAAUUCCUGGAACACCUGGCUCUCUUGCUACAACUUUUCUUGCUUUCGUUUUAAACCUGGCCUUUGCACUGAGCGUCUUAGGAUUUCUCAUCAUGCACAUAUCUUUGGUGGCUGCUAAUACGACCACUAUUGAGGCAUAUGAGAAGAAAACUACUCCAAAAUGGCGUUAUGACCUUGGUCGUCGAAAAAAUUUUGAGCAGGUUUUUGGGAUGGACAAGAAGUACUGGUUCAUCCCUGCUUAUUCAGACGAAGAUAUACGAAAGAUGCCAGCUCUACAAGGUCUUGACUAUCCUUCAAAACCUGACUUCGAUUCCCAAUAGUUCUAAAAGCUAAUAUAUAUCCACAUCAUGUAACAAAAGUCAUGGAGACUCUCCACAACCCUCUACUUCACUCUCUAACACAAUGUAGCGUGUAAGUAAAUGUCGCCCCUCGUAAUUCAUCUGCAAUGACACCUAGUAUGAUGUCUUUUUUUUUCUUUUCUUUUUAAAAUUGUUUUCUAAAGGUGCUUGUUUCAUGUUGAAAUGAAGGGAGCAAUGGGGGGCAGGGUGGUGUGAUGCUGGUUUGAGGGGCUAAUGUGUUUAUGUUCCCAUAAUGAUAGGAACUGUUUUUUGUCAAGCAAUGCAAUUUUCUCACCUUUCCUUUUAUUCAAAUUGAGUGAAAUAGCAAUUUUUAGUGCUGGAAUUUAUUCUCUAGUUGGAGAC